UAGAUUACUGAUUGAAUAAAUUUAAUAUGAUUUAAUUUUAAUAAAAACCGGGAAUAUUUUGAUAAUUUGGAUGUAGUUAUGGAGAUAAAUACUCAUUACGAGGAUUCAGACACAGCAAAAGAAAUUUAUACUGAGCUUGCGUCGGGAGAUAAUAGGACUGAACAAAACAGACUUUACGAAACUCUUCAACAUGGUACAGGGGAGCUUGCAGAUAAAACUACUCCUUCAGCCAAGAAGUGUACUAGGUGUACCCUCGUAAAUUCAAUUUUAAUUGGACUGUUGAUUAUCGCAGUAUCUGUUUCUUUAUACAUGAGUAUAAACGUUUCAAAGGCUUCAAAUAGUAAAGCGGAUAUGCAGAACCUGGUGACAACUCUAACCCAAAAAAUUGAUAAGAUUGAACACGAACAGAGACAGAUUAAGACAGAAGUUAUCCAAAAUACGAACAGCUUAAAUGAAACAACGGAUCUGCAGAAACUGGUGACAACUCAAAGUCAAAAAAUGGAUAAGCUUGAACACGCACAGGGAUAUAUUCAGACAGAAGUUCUCCAAAAUUUGACGAACAGAUUAAAUGAAAUAAACGUGUCGGUCGGAUUUGCAGUUACAUACCCAGACAACACCUCCGGUUCUCCCCUUAAGUUCAAAACACAACCCCGUAAUGGUAUACCAUGCGAAGCUUCUCAAAAUCCACAUAUAAUUGUUCGACAACUUAUAGUUGAUGGACAACUUAUAAUUGAUGGACAACUUAUAGUUGAUGGACAACUUAAAGCUGAUGGACAACUGAUAGUUAACGGACAACUUAUAGUAUAUGGACAACUAAUAGUUGAUGGACAAUUCAUAGCUGCUGGACCACUUAUAGUUUAUUGA